AUGGCGGCGCAAUGUGCUCGUUCCGCGCUGCAGGCGGGGCGAUGUGCGCGUUCCGCGCUGCAGGCGGCGCAAUGUGCGCGUUCCGCGCUGCAGGCGGGGCGAUGUGCGCGUUCCGCGCUGCAGGCGGGGCGAUGUGCGCGUUCCGCGCUGCAGGCGGGGCGAUGUGCGCGUUCCGCGCUGCAGGCGGGGCGAUGUGCUCGUUCCGUGCUGCAGGCGGGGCGAUGUGCGCGUUCCGCGCUGCAGGCGGGGAGAUGUGCUUGUUCCGCGCUGCAGGCGGGGCAAUGUGCUUGUUCCGCGCUGCAGGCGGGGCGAUAUGCUCGUUCCGCGCUGCAGGCGGCGCGAUGUGCUCGUUCCGCGCUGCAGGCGGCGCAAUGUGCACGUUCCGCGCUGCAGGCGGGGCGAUGUGCGCGUUCCGCGCUGCAGGCGGCGCAAUGUGCUCGUUCCGCGCUGCAUGUGGCGCAAUGUGCGCGUUCCGCGCUGCAGGCGCGGCGUGUUGCUUCUUUCCUGAUUCCCGCCCUUUUCUGCCGGUUUCCCGCCUUGUACGAAGAACGUAUGACCGUGGCGCCGCCGCCCGCCUCUCAGCCAAUCACGGAUGGCCACGUGGCGGGGCAGGUGGGCAACGGCGCGGCGAGGAGAGAGGCACGAGGUGAGACCAUGACGAGGCGUCAUCACCUCCUGUACUCCCCUCUCCUCACCUCGUCCGUCCCCCCGUACUCAUCUCCUCUCGUCCUCUCUUCUCACCUCCCCUGUCCCCCGUACUCACCUCCUAAACGCGCUUGUUUUGUGCCCUCGUUAUGCCCUCCCCCCCUGACCUCCUUAAUCCCCCCUCGCCUCCUCUUCCCCCCCCCAAUCACCGCCUCUCUCACCCUCCACCCUCCCACCCCAGAGGUGGCUGAGGUCUGCCGGACUUGGCCUCGACGUCGGACGAGAGGGAGGGAGGCGAGGGAGAUUGCCUCCACACUCACCACCUCUGCUCCCCACACUCACCAUCCCCCCCCACUUAUCACCACUCUUCACCUUCCCCCACCACCGCUCCCCUUUAUUCACCUUUCCCCACUGCUCCCCAGCACUCAUCUCUGCUCCCCUGCGCUCACCUCUGCUCCCCUGCGCUCACCUCUGCUCCCCUGCGCUCACCUCUGCUCCCCUGCGCUCACCUCUGCUCCCCUGCGCUCACCUCUGCUCCCCUGCGCUCACCUCUGCUCCCCUGCACUCACCUCUGCUCCCCUGCACUCACCUCUGCUCCCCUGCACUCACCUCUGCUCCCCUGCACUCACCUUUACUGUUCACCCACUUUUUCACACCACCGUUUCCCCGUCCCCCACUGUUCACGCCAUUGUUUCCCCGUCCCCCACUGUUCACGCCAUUGUUUCCCCGUCCCCAAAUGUUCACACCACUGUUUCUCCGUCCCCCGUUGUUCACACCACGGUUUUUUCCCCACUGUCCACCCACCUUUUGUUCCCUCUGUUCCCUCUGUUCACCCCUCUGCCAUCCCCGCUUGCUCGCCAUGCUCCCCGCACUCACUUGCUAUGCUCCCUCCCCUCCCCCCACUCACUCAUUGCCCGAAACAUCCAGCCAGCACUCAUCUCUGCUCCCCUGCGCUCACCUCUGCUCCCCUGCGCUCACCUCUGCUCCCCUGCGCUCACCUCUGCUCCCCUGCGCUCACCUCUGCUCCCCUGCGCUCACCUCUGCUCCCCUGCGCUCACCUCUGCUCCCCUGCGCUCACCUCUGCUCCCCUGCACUCAUCUCUGCUCCCCUGCGCUCACCUCUGCUCCCCUGCGGUCACCUCUGCUCCCCUGCGCUCACCUCUGCUCCCCUGCGCUCACCUCUGCUCCCCUGCGCUCACCUCUGCUCCCCUGCGCUCACCUCUGCUCCCCUGCGCUCACCUCUGCUCCCCUGCACUCACCUCUGCUCCCCUGCACUCACCUCUGCUCCCCUGCACUCACCUCUGCUCCCCUGCACUCACCUUUACUGUUCACCCACUUUUCACACCACCCCAGCCAGGUGAGAAGCUGCCACUCCUCACUCGUGGCAUCUCUCCCCCCCCCCCCCUCCCUUGCCGUCCCUCCUCCACAUGCUUUCACUCUCUGCACAUACGUCAUUGUGGUGGAGCACGAUCUCAGUGUGCUCGACUAUCUCUCGGACUUCAUCUGCUGCCUCUACGGCAAGCCCGGUGCCUACGGGGUGGUCACGCUGCCCUUCUCCGUGCGAGAGGGCAUCAACAUCUUCCUGGCUGGCUUCGUGCCAACCGAGAACCUGCGCUUCCGAGACGAGUCGCUCACAUUCAGGGGGACGAAAACCCCGGUGGAUAAUCCUGAGGAGGGAGGCCAAGACGUACAGUCGGUUCGGUACAGGUAUUUGGGCAUGAUCAAGAAGCACGGCGGGUUCAACCUCCUCCUUCCCCUCCCUCACUCCAUUCUUUCACCCCCCUUCAUUCCAUCUCAGGUGGCUGAAACCCCGGUUGCUGAAACCCCAGUCGAUAACCCUGAAGAGGCCAAGACGUACACGCGCUACAAGUACCCGCGCAUGGUCAAGAAGCAGGGCGGAUUCAAGCUGACGGUGGAACCUGGUGACUUCACGGACUCACAGAUCGUGGUGAUGCUGGGGGAGAACGGCACCGGCAAGACCACCUUUAUCCGCAUGCUGGUAGGGAAGCUGUCUCUCAUGGGUGCGCAUGCUGGUAGGCACAUGCGGCUCUCUCAAGGCCGGACCCAGAUGAGGAAACCGGCAAGGAGGCCCAAGGCCGGCCUCUUGAAGGCAGAUCCAGACGAGGAGACCGGGAAAGAAGCUGAGGACCUCCCGGAGUUCAACGCUGGUCUCUUAAAGGCUGACCCGGACGAGGAGACCGGCAAGGAGGCCGAGGACCUCCCGGAGUUCAACGUGUCGUACAAGCCGCAGAAGAUCUCCCCCAAGUUCCCCCACAGCGUGCGCGCGCUGCUGCACUCCAAGAUCCGAGACUCGUUCCACCACCCGCAGUUCAACACCGACGUGCUGCGCCCCAUGCAGAUCGACCCGCUCCUGGACCAGGAGGUGGUGAAUUUGUCGGGUGGGGAGCUGCAGCGCGUGGCUAUUACCCUUUGUCUGGGAAAGCCUGCCGACAUCUACCUGAUUGAUGAACCCUCAGCCUACUUGGAUUCAGAGCAGCGCAUUGUGGCGGCCAAGGUGAUCAAGCGCUUCAUCCUGCACGCCAAGAAGACGGCGUUUGUGGUGGAGCACGACUUCAUCAUGGCCACGUACCUGGCGGACCGCGUCAUCGUGUACGAGGGGCAGCCGUCGGUGGACUGCACGGCGCGCACGCCCCAGUCGCUCAACAGCGGCAUGAACCUCUUCCUCUCGCAACUGGACAUCACGUUCCGGCGCGACCCCACCAACUUUCGGCCGCGCAUCAACAAGAUGGAUUCUGUCAAGGACCGCGAGCAGAAGAGUGCCGGCACCUACUACUACCUGGACGACUGA